UGCUGGUAAGAACUCGCGCGAAGCAAGCAAGCCUGCUGGGCGCCAGGGAUACUUCAUGGACUAUGGCAAACCGCUCGUGAAGAGUGAGCUCAGGCUCUCCCUGAAUCCUCCUCCUUGCGCCCAAGACAACAACCCCACCACUCCCACCGGAGCCGCCUCCGAUGGCUCGUCGUCGCCAUCCUGCGCGUCGGCCGUCGUCGCCCUGUCCUUCCUCGGGCUCAACAGCGUCGUAGCCAUCUACCGCUCGAGACACGACCCCCGGUCCAUACUGUUUGUCACCGUCUGCUUCUUCUGCGUCGUCCUUCUCUUCCACCUGCUUCGUGUGUUCGAGAGACUGCCGCCGGGAUCGCCCAGGAGGUUGCCGGUGAAGGCGGCCGUAUGGGCCUUGACGACCACCCUGACGGUGAUGUUCUCCGGCAGAGUUGCCCCGUUGAUGCCUGCGCCUGUCGCCGCCGUCGUGUGGUCGAUGGCCGCGGUGACCAUCCUCGCGGGCUUCUACUUGUUCUUCGUGUGCCCGGACGCCGCCUCCACCGCCGCCGACGAGAAACCGGCCUGCAAGGUUGCCGAAGGCCCGUGAAUUGUUUAUGUAUGUGCUUUUGUAUUUGUUAUUAUUACAAAUAUCUUGUAAGGAACAUAUCAUACCAACGGCAUAAUCGGAGCUGGUUCGCUAUAUUAGGCAUUGCUCGAACGGCCAAAACACGCUCGCAGGUUCGCACGUCCUCAGACGUUUCCGCGACUAUCCUCGAACUUUCUCUCCUCCUGUAUAAGUAUCAGACUAUGAUCGAUGAUUCAUUUCAUUUUA